CUCCUACUUUAUCAACAACCUUGUUUCAAGCAAGAUGGCCGUUCUUUCCUGGCUUACUGAUCGUGGAGGGUAGUCAAGAUGGGUGCAUAUAAGUAUAUGCAAGAGUUAUAUCGUAAGAAGCAGAGUGAUGUGCUUCGUUUUUUACUCCGAGUACGAUGUUGGCAAUAUCGUCAACUCACUAAAUUACAUCGUGCUCCAAGACCCUCACGUCCAGAUAAAGCACGCCGUCUUGGAUACAAAGCUAAGCAAGGUUUCGUAAUCUUCAGAAUUCGCGUACGACGAGGAGGAAGAAAGCGACCUGUUCCCAAGGGAGCAACCUAUGGUAAACCCAAAAGCCAUGGAGUUAAUCAAUUGAAACCCACACGAAAACUUCAAUCUGUGGCUGAAGAACGUGUUGGCAGACGUUGUGGAGGUCUCCGAGUACUAAACAGCUAUUGGGUAGCUCAGGAUUCUUCUUACAAAUACUAUGAAGUGAUCCUCGUAGACCCCGCACAUAAGGCAAUUCGAAAUGAUCCAAAAAUCAACUGGAUCUGCGAACCAGUUCAGAAACACCGCGAACUCCGAGGCAAGACCUCUGCUGGAAGGAGUUCGCGUGGUCUUGGCAAAGGUCACCGAUUCUCACAAACAAUUGGUGGAUCUCGACGGGCCGCUUGGCUUAGAAGGAAUUCGCUUUCAUUACGUAGAAAGCGAUAAAUUAAAUGUUUCUUGUGAAUAUUUCGGAAAAAUAAAAAUUUUCUUAACACUA